UCGUCUCCUCCAAGCUGAUGCUUUCUUCCAUAGACAUCGCGAGUGGUAGUUGACUGAGAGAGUCAGUGAUUACGUUAUCAUACACCUUCCUCUUUCGUCCCCCCAACCGAGCUCGUGAACAUGCCCUUCCUCGGCGCGUAUCGCACACUUCAACGGCAUGCGCACGAAAGCCCCGUCAUUUUCUUCUCUUGUGUCAUCGGCCUCACCGGACCCGCCAUGAUGCUCGUCGUCCCACCAAUCCGAGAGCGCCUGGGAUACAAGCCGUCCCCGCCCAUCCCCAAUUCUUACCCGCGUACUUCCCCAGCGACCACGGAGAGCAGUGCAAGGUUACGACGACGAAUAGACGACCUGGCUGGACUCCAGUGGGAUGAAAUAGAAAGAUGCGGUGGAGAUUCUCUCGGGGUUCCAAUACAAAACUGUCGCCUACCCGAAUCGAAUCUCACUGUUUUGUUGCAUGGUCGUGCUGCUAAUCUGGCAGUUCAGAAUCUUCGAGUCAUGCGGUCCUCAAUGAAUUUGGUGACUCUUACCGCUCGGAUUCACGUCUCUGGCUAG